AUGGCUGCUUCUUCAAGCACUUCUGGGCGAAUAGACGAGCUUGAGGUAGGAUUUUAUGAUUAUUUCUUUUAUAUUUUAGUUCAUUUUUGUCGAAAAUAACAUUGUACGUGUCUCUGAGUUGGUAUUUUGAAAACGGUUGACUUGAAAUAGUAGUAGAAAAACACUUAUUUUGCAGCUGAAUAUGCCACGUGCGUUUGUUAAUACUUUAUAAAAUUAAAUGGCCGGCUAUAAUAAAUUCAGUACAUUUUCCCCUGAAUGUACAGAAAAUACGAAAUAUUUGACUUUUUAUUUAGUAUUUUCUGUAGAAUAAUUGGCUUGCAAAUAUGAGUUGUGGGUCUUUCACUCUUUCUAUUCAAUAUAAACAUUUUCCAUGUUUUUAAAAAAUAUUAAUUUUUGAUAAUGCACCUAUCAUCGGCUAUCCCCUGGGUGGGGACCCCGGGCUAUUUGUAUAGAAUGUGGGGAUAUAUAGGGGGGAUUGAACAGUAAUUUGCAUUGGAUACAGGGGAAAUUCAAGAGAUUGCCUUAAAUUUGGCCCCUCCCACGGGGAAAAUACCGGAGAUUUGCUCGAUACUUCUUAGUGCAUAUUUUAUGACGUACUUCUUGCUUGCCAUGUUUGAAUGCACGUGGGCUCGAUUUUUGCGUUUAUUCUCGCGUGGAUCGUGUUUCUUUAUGAACUGAUUCAACUCUAUAUGUGAUGUGAUAUUGUAAAAACCAUCAGCUGUUUUUUUGAGAUUUGUGUAUGGAACCAUAAUGGAAGCGACACAGGAUCUUACACCUAAGCAAAAGCAAGGUAUGUGGAUGGCUCUAUGUUCUUUAAAAGCAUGGGUUAAUACAUUAAUUGACCGAUAUUUCGAUGUAUAUUUUACAGCCAAUUGCAGUUGAGCUUGCAGCUUGCAUUUUAAACGCGUUGUUGCAUCGUUGAAAAGUAUGCGUUCAUUCCUUGGAAACACGCCGUUGCUAGGGGCGUAACGUGAACUUUUGGCGCGCGUUGUAACGACGUAAACAUGUUUUUCUAUUCUUGGCGUUGACGAAUUAAAUUAGAUUUUGUCACAUUAAAUUAGAUUUUGUCACAAAACCGACCAGGGAGUUCUAAUUUGACUGCAGGCAUUCUAAAAAUACCUUACUGUUCCGUCGCAGGCCUAAGCGGCGUUUUUACAAAAUAUUUAACUCGUUAUACGUUUGUUUGCACGCCGUUCAGAAGUUCAACAAUGCCCGCCAAAAGUUCACGUUACGCCCUUAGCAACGGCGUGUUUCUAAGGAAUGAACGCAUACUUUUCAACGAUAUAACAACGCGUUUAAAAUGCAAGCUGCAAGCUCAACUGCAAUUGGCUGUAGUCUAACUAACCCAUUGUUAGUACUUUCCCUUUGAUAAGUAAAAUCAUCUGGCGUUAGACAGAGUAGAAUAAUAACAUAGAGCACAUUAGAGCGCAAUGCAACUUAAAUGGGUUAACUUGACAUGUAGGCUGAUAGUCUUACUGACCCAUUGUUAGUACUUUCCCUUUGAUGAGUAAAAUUGUCUGGCAUUUGCAGAAUAAUCCUAUGCCCCCUUUGAACUUCCCAGAACAUUUUAUUAUGGAAGUGGAUUCUAGCCACCUCCAUCCCCAGACAACAGACAUUUCCUCUUGGCAGACAGUGUCAAUUUCUUUUGGGAAAACCGAUUACCAGUUCUGGUGUGGCCAUUGCUAUAUUUAAGUCAAAAUAAUAGUGACUGACCGAUAAUUGGCAUUGGGCCGAUCGGAAUUGGUAAGAAUUAAGUGAUAUUUCCGAUUGUCUAAAACCAAUUGUUGAGAAAAUAUGCACUUAAAAAUUAUAUGCAUUGCACGUUGAUACACGUUACAUUUUCAUUUUAACGCAAUAUGUUAAAUUAAUGUGUGACGCAUGCCAUUUAUUAACACAGUUUUUGGUUGUGGUAACAUUUUACGAAAUUAUUGUUAAAAAAAUCGACAUGAAUGACGUCAUCUUUACUUGGUCGACUGAUAUUAUGACGUCAUUAUAAAAUCAGUAUCAGGCAGAUUGUAGCACGAAUAAUCGGUAAUCAGUAAUUCCGAUUGUAUCACUACAAAAUAAUGUUUUUAUUCUAUCUAGGCCAAAGCAUUGUUUCAGUCCCUUGGUAUUACUAUUCAUCUUCUUGACAUUGAUAUCAUGGGUAAGUUUAAAACAAGGGGUUACACCCUGACUCCCAUGCUACAUUCUGUACAGUUUCGAAGUGGGAGACUAUCCAUGGCCGGAUUUUGAAGAGAGGUGUGCACCUCCUGAGACUUUUUUGCACCCUCCCGGAAAGUUUCAAUGAUAGAUUGAAGUGAACAUUUUGACUUUUUUUGGUUGGUUAGGGUCUACACUUCGUAAGAAAGGUUUUCUGUAAAAUUAAAACGGUAAUAGCCAUUCAUCCCUGUGUUAAGAACCCUUUUAAUGCAAUGUUUGAAGUAAUUGUAAUGAAUGGCAAAAUUGGAUGACUUGUAUACAGUCAUAAUUCAUUAAUACACUGAUACAUAUAUGUACACUACAUGCAUAUGUCACAACAUCACGUCGUUGACUUUGGCCCAUUCUAAGCCCUUUCCAUGGGGGCCCGUGAGCUAGACUACUACACUUCCCCUAACCCCGCUAUUUCCACCAAAAUCUGACCUUGAGGCUAUCCAGUAUAAAUAAAUAAAUUUAGAACAGUUUCAUUGAGUUUAUUUAAUUUAAACUAUUACCAUGUUUGUUUGAAGAAACUGGUGCAGCCAUCAAAGCCACAUUACUGGAAAUGACUGGUCAGAAAACGGUGCCAAACGUGUUCAUCCGAGGAAAACAUAUUGGUGGCUGGGAUGCUACCAACAAGUUAAACGAAGCAGGGAAGUUGAUGCCAUUGAUUAAUCCUCCAACGGAGAAGUAUGAUUACGACUUGGUUGUGAUUGGUGGCGGCUCUGGAGGGCUGUCCUGCAGCAAGGUGGGUUGUCAUAUUCCAUUAUUAUAGUUAAGUGUUUUAUAUAAUUGUCAAUGAGUUCUUUCUAUGAACAGUCUGGAUGCCCCCUAUUAGCCUUUCUCACGCCGCCAUUUUUGAGUGGCAUUUCAGCCGAAGUCUGCGAGAUAAGUCCACAUAAACACGACUUUUUAUAAUUUUUGGGACGAAUGAUGGUAAAUUUGCUUUGUAAAUGGUUAGUUUAUUUUGAAAAAUUGUUUUUCACAUUGGUUUAAUUGACUGCAUUGGUUAACAAGAAUUUGAUGCCACCCAAAAAUGGCGGAUAUUCGUCAUCGUGAGGAAGGCUAAUUGAAAACAGUUUUGUUGAUGAGACAAGAACGUAUUACAAUUUUAUAAUUUAUACCCUGGUACACCCCCAGAAAAUCUGCACCCGUCAAUCAAAUAUGUCUGCCCUCUAUUGGAAAGAGCUUACUAAAAUUAGUCCAGGUAUUUAUGCCAAGUUUGACCAUUAUAUCCUGUUUAAUAGGAAUCUAGCAAGUAUGGUGUAAAAGUUGCUGUUCUUGACUUCAUCAAACCCACACCUUCUGGAACAACAUGGGGUAAAUAUGAACAGACAAAAAACUAGUUUAUUUACAUUAGACAAGGUUUGAUACCCGACACUUGAUACAUUCCUAGGCCUUGGUGGAACAUGUGUGAAUGUCGGCUGUAUUCCAAAGAAAUUGAUGCAUCAGGCAGCGUUACUUGGUGGAGCUAUCAAGGAUUCAGCAAAGUUUGGAUGGGAAUUGGAUCAGGAUAAAGGUAUACGCGAUGCCUGUAUAUUUACUUUUUUGGCAGAUAACCAGAAAUAGUUUGCAGUUAGCAAGCAGCCGGAGCAGGUUUGGUACCACGUACAGUAGGUUGCCAGUCGUGGCAGGGACCAGGCCACCGGGGGAAACUUUGAGCGAUUGGGCCUGAAAUUUUGGACAUGGGAAACAUAACUGAGCUUGACUGCUUGGGUUUGAUAAAUAAAAUUUGGUCGCAGAACAGGAAAUUAGUCGAACCACACCAAGUAUGAAAAUAGAAAAAAGAAUGUUAUAGAAAAGAGACACCUAUUAAAUCUGAUUGGUAAAUAUUACAAAACUAUACUGUGAAAAAUUGAAAUUUUCUACUAUACUAGAGUAGUAAGACCUUUUGAUCCAGGUUUGCAGUUUUUGAGCCAAAGGUUACAUGCAGUACAAGCUUUAACAAGUAGUAAGUGCCCAAGAGUCUCUCUUCAACAAUAAAAUUUUUUCUUCUCAGUCAAACACAACUGGCAAACAAUGAAAGAAGCAAUUCAGAACUACAUUGGUUCACUGAACUGGGGAUAUCGCGUUGCCUUGCGAGACAAAGGCGUGAAGUAUCUUAACGCACAUGGUGAAUUGAUAGAUGCACACAAAAUUAAGGUAAGCUAGCCGACUCUUUCUUGUCACGACAUCUACAUUAUUUUGGUAUGAAUUUUGAAAUAGAUCCACAGAGGAUGUAGUGACUUUAUAAAAAGAAUAUAAAAUUGCAGUACAUUUGACAUUUCUCGCUUAGUAACCCCCUGUGAGUAGCAAUGAACCCUUCUUUAUUAUUUUACUCUGUCUUAUGCCAGAUGAUUUUACUCAUCAAGGGGGGGGGGCACUGGUGUUCAAUGGGUUAAGCAGGUUCUUCACUAGAUGACAUGUUUCUUUGUGAAGCAAUCCUUCACUACAAUGCAACUAUUCUCCAUGUUUGACAUAAUUUUCAUUUUUCAACUUUUUACAGACUACUAACAACCGUGGCAAAGUCACAGAAAUCACAGCUGAAACCAUUGUCCUUGCAACAGGUAUAUAUACAGUCAUUGGGAUAAGUUUAUUACAGUAUAUGUUAAAACAGGGCUUGAAAUUUGCAGCAUCCCAAUAUCCAAGGGAUACCAGAUUUUAAGUUUGGACAUCACAAGCUCAGUAUCCAUUAGGAUACUAAACAAGUUGCUGUCCUUCACAGAUUUUUCUGUUGUAGCAUAGAUUCGUUAUAUUAUCAAAUUCAUUACAAUUGAAAACUAAUUUUACCAGUUGUUUCAAUGUUUGAAUCUCACAUACUAGUCAAAUGACGUAGGAUACAGAUUUUUGUAGUGGAUACCAGAUUUCAACUUUCUAGUUGCCUACUAGGACAGUGUUGAAGAUUUCAAAUUUCAAGCCCUGGUACAGUACGUUAAAACAUGCUUUGCUAUAGAAUUUCGAUAUUUGACUAUAGGUGAACGUCCCAGGUAUCCUGAUAUUCCUGGAGCGAAAGAAUUCGCGAUAACGAGGUACCGGUAUAGUUUUGCAUAAGUCUUUAUGUAUAUUUAGUGAAUUGUUCGUUCUUUUGUUGCAAUUUAUUAUCUUUAUUAACCCAUUGAGUUGUAUUGCGCCCUAAUGCGCCGUACUUGAUCAUACUUUCCUCUGUCGAACACCAGACGAUUUUACUUGUCACGGGGAGACCGCUCAAUGGGUUAAAAUAUUUUCUAAAUCUUUAGCGAUGACCUGUUCUCGCUGCCAUACUGUCCUGGUAAAACCUUGGUUGUUGGUGCUUCAUAUGUUGCUCUGGAAUGCGCUGGUUUUCUGGCUGGUAUAGGACUGGAUGUCACCGUCAUGGUGCGAUCCAUCUUUCUUCGUGGAUUUGAUCAGGUAAGGGAGCAGUUUACACUUUGUCAGACACGGUUGAAAAUUAGUUGCGGUGGCGACUUUAGAAUUUUAUGUCUUCGAUUUGUUUAGCAAAUGGCAGAAAUAGUUGGUAGUUAUAUGGAGAAGGAAAAUGUGAAGAUCAUAAAGAAACAUAUCCCGACCAAGGUGAAUGACUACAGUUACGAAAUAUACUGUGUUCUACACAAUUGUACUAUAUCAUUUAUACACAAGGUUGAAGUAUAUAUAGCAUGGCCGGAUUUUGAGGGGAGGUGUGAGGAGGUGGGCACCUCCCCUGAGAUCGUUAUGCUCCUCCCCUGAGAAUUUUUGCACCUCCCCUGAAAAGUCAUGCACCACCUCCCCUUGGGGAAGUUUCAAUGACAGAUCAAAGUGAAAAUUUGACAUUUUUUGGUUGCUUAAGGUUUACAUGCACUUCGUAAGAAAGUUUUUAUCCGUAAAAUUGAAACAGUGAUAGCCAUUCAUCUCUGUGUUAAGUACACUUUUAAUGCAAUGUUUUGAAAGAAACUUUGUAGUAAUUGUAAUGAAGCGCAAAAUUGGAUGAGUUGUACAGUCAGAAUUCACUGGAUACAUAUGUACACUACAUGCAUACAUCAGGUCGUUGACUUUGGCUCGUUCAAAGCCCUAACUGUCCAUGGCAUAGGGGUCGUGAGCUAUACCGCUGCACCUCCCCAAAAUUGUUUUCCACCUCCCCCAUUAUUUCCACCAAAAUCCGGCCUUGAUAUAUAGCAAGGUUAAAAAAAUAUGACUUUACUUACUCAAAAUUCUCUUGUAGAUCGAGAUGGUGGAAGAUGGUCAACCAAAGAAGUUGAAAGUGCAUUACAAGUCAGUGGAAGGUGGUGAAGAAUUCCAAGGAGAAUACAAUACUGUAGGUGGUAUAAUGACACAUUUGGGUCUGAGACUCUUGAACAGUAUUAGAGGUUUACGUUACUUCAUGUCAGUAUCUGUUCCGCCUACCAAAGCUUGUUCGAGAUAUUUCAAACACCCUUGACUUUGUGAGUUUUGUACUGCUAUGCUGCUGUACUUAAACCAUUAAAUUGAUCAAAAUGUCUAAUGUAUAAACUUAAACCAUUAAAUUGAUCAAAAUGUCUAAUGUAUAAUAUUGAAAAUUGAAGCUGUUUCGUUUCAGAUAUAUUAAGAUAGUUAAGGAAUCGUUGAGAGUAAUUUCCCUCCUCCUCCAAGAGGUUUUGGACGUCCAAAGGCGUCCAUUUUGCCUGACGUCCAUUUUGCCUGACGUCCAUUUUGCCUGGCUAAAAGCCUGCUGUCCUUUCGCGAACUAUUUUAGCCAUCAAUUCUUGCGUUCCUAUAUGACUACAAGGCUCUUGUGCUUAUCGCUCUGUUUGAUUUAGGUGUUGUUUGCAAUUGGACGAGACUCUUGUACCGAAGGUAUUGGUCUCGAGAACGUUGGAGUAGCUUUGAAUCCAAAGUAAGAUUUAAUCAACUUUUGCCCUUUGAAUGUUAGGGUUCUCGCACAAUGGCUGACUCGUCCCCAGUCGUCUCAGUGAGCACGUGUUCAGUGAAAUCCACAUAUCAAUAACUAAAGUCCGCGAUCAGUCUCUUCCGGUUUGUGUCGAUUGUUUGUGAUUUUUUUUACUAGGAAUCACAAGGUUAUAGUUGAUGACAAGGAGCAGACGAAUGUGUCAAAUAUUUAUGCACUUGGAGAUAUAUUGGAGGGCAGACUGGAAUUAACACCUGUAGCUAUUGAAGCUGGAAUGUUGUUGGCUCAAAGACUGUAUGCUGGUAGCAAUACCCUGGUAAGCUUAGGAAUAAUUUUAACACUAGGAGUUACUAUCGCAACGGGAAGUGCUGCCCGUAUGGUCAUGUAAAAGUUGUCAAAUCUAAAACAUAUAACUACAGUAUAACCAAAAUCAAGAUCGUAUGUGACUUAUUCACAUUGCAAAAGACAGACCGUAUGUCUCAUUUUUACUGUCAAAAUAUUUUCAAAGCAACAUCUCCGAAGGACUGUAGACGAUGUAUAAUUGCAUACAUUCACUUUAUACGAGAUGCUUCAUAGCCUGCAGUGCCAGAAAUGAAUCGCGUCAAGCAUGAAACUUAAGCAUGUUACUCCUUUCUGUAGUGCGACUACGUGAACGUCCCGACGACAGUGUUCACGCCAUUGGAGUACAGUUGCUGUGGUUAUGCCGAGGAAGACGCCAUUGCCAAGUUUGGGGAAGAUAAUUUGGAGAUGUUUCACACUAACCUCUGGCCACUAGAGUGGACUGUCGCUGAAAAAGACAACAACAUUUGCUACGCUAAGUUGAUUUGUAAUAAACAGGACCAGGUGAGAUUUCAGUCACAUCAUCAAAACUAAUAAAACUUUCCCUGCCUUCCAUGAUGGUUGAUGAGAGUUGCAACUCUCGCUAGCGUUUGACCGUCAUGCAACUCUCAUCAACUUUGGACUGGUUCAGAUUUUGAUGAGUUUUGCCACGCGCGCGGUAAUAUCCAGUCAACUCACAUGCAACUCUUCUCGUUGACCGGGGCAUGAGUGUUGAGAAAACUCUCAUACAAACUCCCGCUUCUCAACUCUCAUGCAACUCUUGUUCUCGUUUGAUCGGGGCAUGAGAGUUGAGAGGACUCUCAUACAAACUCUCGCUUCUCAACUCUCAUGCAACUCUUGUUCUCAUUUGACCGGGCCACGAGUGUUGAGAAAACUCUAAUACAAACUCUCGCUUCUCAACUCUCAUGCAACUCUUGUUCUCAUUUGACCGGGGCACAAGUGUUGAGAAAACUCUAAUACAAACUCUCGCUUCUCAACUCUCAUGCAACUCUUGUUCUCGUUUGACCAGGGUAUGGGAGUUGAGAAAACUCUCAUGCAAACUCUCGCUUCUCAACUGUCAUCCCCGGGGUAAUAUUUUCUGUUCAUUCGUUUAGAACCGCAUUGUGGGUUUACACAUUACCAGUCCUAAUGCAGGCGAGGUGAUGCAAGGUUUUGCCUGCGCUAUCAAGUGUGGAGCGACAAAGGCCGAUUUUGAUCGAACCAUUGGAAUACAUCCUACUAUUGCCGAGGUUUGUUUAGGAAUAUAUACCUAAGAUUAAAGAUUUCUAUAGCACAAAUUUAUGUGUGGAUAUGAUCAAAUGCCCUUUACAUCGAGUAUUACGCUUAUCUAAUUGUGUACUUAGUGCAACACUAGGUCCUCUGACAGGAAUCGAACCUGGGGCCCUGUGAUUCCGAUGCAGCGCUUUAAUCAACUGAGCUACAGAGGUCAGUUGACGAGCGCUAACCACAAGUUCAUGUAUAUUUUCCAGCACUGGCGACAGCAACUUCACUUGGUUGAAACUGAUGAACGGUUAACGCUUGUCAACUGGCCUCUGUGGCUCAUUAUCAUCACCAUCAUCAGUACCAUCACAACCACCAUCAUCAUCAUGAUCACAACCAUCUCUAUUACUAUCACCAAUAUCGUAAUCACCACCAUCCAUUCAUCUGAGGGCCACAAGUUCAUUAGUACUUCAUACUAUUAAGUGUCACCCUCUUUAAAUAAAGUCUCUAUCUAUUUAUCUAUCUAUAUCUAUCUAUAUCUAUCUAUAACCAUAGUCAUCGUGACCACCAUCAUCACAACCAUCUCUAUUACUAUCACCAACAUUAUGAUCAUCAUCAUCACACCAUCACCACUAACAUAUUUUCUUCCUCUGAUCAAAAUCAUCUUCUGUAGGUAUUUACAACAAUGGACAUCACAAAAGGUUCCGGACAAGACAUCACUCAGACAGGAUGCUGAGGUUAGACCCUACUGUAGUUGACCAUAGGAAGCUUUAAGUAACAAUAACACACAACACAGCACAGCACAGCACAGCACGCACUUAGUAUUUUGGCUUCCUAUGAACUACAGUGGGGAAACACCCAUAUUCUGUAUCGUAUAUCUUUGCCUGAGAUAUUACUAUGCAUAUUGUUUAUAUGUUUAUGACGGCCUGGUCUGCAGCCUUUAGUAAAGGAGGACUUGGCUUGAUGAAGUUAUCUCUUGCAUGAGAGAACGGUGUAUUAACAUUGCAUAUUUUAGUUUAGGUUAUUAACAAUCAUCUGUGGUAACUAUAUGAUAAUAAUGUUCAACAAUUAGAUAAAAUAUAUAUCCCAUUAAUGAAGAUACGUUUUUUAUUUACAGUAUACCAAUACAGCAUUUCUUUCUAAACAAUAAAUAAAGCUUCUAAAAUCCUCUAAAAUUCUGCAAAUUUUAAGAAAUUAAGGGAAAAUAUCCCAUCAAAUUUUUUGCCAUAACCGGCCAUGGUCUUUCAAAAAACAACGAUUUCUCGUCCAGAACGGGACAAAAGAAAACUUCAAUAAAAUGUUUUGCAAAAACACAGCCACGAGACGAGAGGAAACGUAGCUCAGGGCUAGCAGCUUUCCAAAUAUUGGUCCCACGUUGUGUCUACCGCAGAUCCGUGUGUUCGACACCAAGGUUGUUCAAAGUCUCCUCGUAGUUGGAAAUGUUUCGCUUCAUGAUCUCCAUGCAAGGACCCAGAAGUCGUUCGAAGGCGUGGAUUUCCAAGACUGCAGAGGAAUAAAGAAAGCAUUCCUGAGUAUUGACCAUUUGUAAAGUCUGCUUUACACUAUCAAUUAAAGUACUUAGCCGUGGC